AUGGCAAGUAUCAGUUGUAGUCAUCAUAUGCCGGAAAAUGUGAUAAUUGAGAUUCUCUCGUGGUUGCCUGUGAAAUCGGUGAUUAGAUUCAGGUGUGUUUGCAAAUGUUGGUACAUUGUAAUAAAAGACUCUAGUUUCAUUAAGAAGCAUCAUGACAUCAACAAUGCCCGUCUAUUUGUUCAGCAUUAUGAUUACAACACUGAAAGAUAUGCUUUUGGUCUAUUUUCCUAUGAAACGCUUGCAAGGGCGCCCCUGGUAUAUCAUGAUCUUGUUCAAAUGAUGGGUUAUCAAGAAACUAUUAUUGGUCCCUUUGAUGGAAUUCUUUGUUUGUAUGACGGUAAGGUUCGGGAUCAUGACCGCAUAGCUCUGUGGAACCCUUCUAUGAGAGAAUUUAAACCCCUUUCUGUACCCCACCCCCUUCCUCCUCCUUUUAAGCCCUUCAUUCAUACUUUUGGAUUUGGGUUUGAUGUUGUAACCAACAAAUACAAGGUGGUUUUAAUUCGACAUUUUUGGGAUGAGGAAGAAGAUAAUCCAUAUAAUCCUAGAGUUGUUACAGUGUAUACGCUAGGUCUUGACUCUUGGAGAGUCUUUGAGGCCCAUUUGCAGCCGGAUCGUUCAAUAGAUAAUUCUUUGUCUAACACAUAUGUGAAUGGGCUUUAUUACUGGCUUACGAGUCACAAUUUUUAUAACUAUAAGGUCCUUUCAUUUGACAUGAGCAAAGAGACUUUCCAAGAAAUACCUCCACCACCAAAUCUUCCCAAUACACAAUGGGGUGAUCUUGCCUUGUACAUUGACUCUAUUGCUUUGAUGCUUUAUGAACCACGUGAGGCUGAAAAAUAUUUUGACAUAUGGCUGAUGAAGGAGGAGGGGUUUUGGACUAAACAAUUGACUAUUGGACCCCUUUUAGAUAUUGCGAGGCUGGUUGGCUUAUGGAAAAAUUGUGAACUUUUUCUAGACCGCAACACUGAGUUGGUUUUGUACGACCAUAAUACCUAUGAAUUUAAGAAUGUUGGAGCUCGAGGAAUAAAUUAUUGUCUUAAGGUUGUUAUCUACAAGGAGAGCCUAUUUUCAGUUAAGGGAGAAAAUGAAUGCCAGGAAGGGGAUAAUUCAUCCUAUUUGUCCACUAGUGCCUUCAUUGCUGUGUCAAGGCAUGCUAGUGCAACUCCUUUGCCACCUUCUAUUCUUAGUCGCGGUGUUGGUUGGCAGGGAGUGGGCAUAUUGGUCUCUAGAAUAUUUGAAACCGGGAAUGGAUCCUCAGUAUCAGUUGAAAAUGCUGGUUUGUUGGCAUUGACACGUGUUGGCAGCCGAAGAGUUGUGCAGAUAUCUGCUGGUUUCAUGAUUUUCUUUUCCAUACUUAGGAAAUUCGAAGCUGUCUUUGCCUCAAUCCCAGCACCAAUCAUUUCAGCUCUGUAUUUGAUCGGUUGA